CUCUCUACUCUCCCUCUCCCCCUCCUCUUCUCCCUCUUCUCUCCCUCCUCUCUCCCUCCUCUCACAUUACAAUGGAGUGGCAACCUCAAGACGAUCCAUUGAGGCAGCUGGCUUGCUGCCUCAGGGAUUCUCUCAAUCCCUAUGACCGCCCAGCCCAAAAACAGGCCGAACAGAUGCUAGUGCAAGCCACCUCGUCGCCAGAUUAUGUCAACUACAUCACCUACCUGUUCUGCACCCCGCAGCCCUCUCCGGUCCUGGAGAUGAACUCGGAAACCUACGACAUGGUCCGCUUCGCGGCCGCCAUGAACCUCAAGACCAAGAUCCGCGUGGCCUAUAACACAAUCCCCCAGCCCGCCCUGACUUUCAUCCGAUCGGCCACCCUGCUCGGCCUGCGCGACGCCAACUCCCACGUGCGCAACUCCGCCGGUACAAUCAUCACAGAAUUGGUGUCGCAGGCCGGUCUAUUAGCCUGGCCCGACGUGCUCCACGAGCUGCUCACCCUCGUGGCCAACGCCGCCGGCGAUGUUCCGCUCAUGGCGCAGGAGGCGGCCAUGUCGGCCCUCGCCAAGGUCUGCGAGGACAACCGCAAGAUUCUCGACCGUGACUACCAGGGCCAGUGCCCGCUCGACGUCAUCAUCCCCAAGCUGCUGGAAUUCACCUCCAACGAGAGCCCCAAGGUCCGCUCCAUGGCCCUGGGCACCAUCCACAUCUUCCUGCCCCACCGCCCCAAGUCUCUGAUCGCCUCCAUGGACCUGUUCUUGUCGCAGCUGUUCCAGCUGGCCAAUGACUCCAGCACCGACGUGCGUCGCAACGUCUGCCAGACCUUCGCCCAGCUGGUCGACUUUGCCCCCGAGAAGCUCAUCCCCCACAUGGAGGGCCUGGUCAACUACAUCAUCAUGCAGCAGCACAACCGCGAGGACCCGGAAUUGGCGCUGGACGCGGCCGAGUUCUGGCUGGUCGCUGGUGAGCAGAUCAAGCUGCAGCAGCCCCUGGCCCCGCACAUGUCCAAGAUCGUCCCCGUGUUGCUGCAGAGCAUGGUGUAUGACGAGGACGAGGCCAUCCGCUUGACCGGCGAGGGUGACGACGCGGAGGUUGAGGAUCGCGCCGAGGAUCUCAAGCCGCAGUUCGCCAAGUCGAAGGCCGGUCGGCUCGACGUUUCCAAGCCGGAGCAGGCCAAUGGCAACGGAGCGCCUGAGCAGGAGGAGGACGACGACGAUGAUCUCAGCGAGGGCGAAAUCGAAGAUUCCGAGUUCGGAGACGACCCCGAGGACGAGUGGACCCUCCGCAAGUGCUCCGCGGCUGCUUUGGACGUCUUCUCGAACGUCUACCACCAGCCGAUCUUCGAGGUCAUCCUGCCGUAUCUGAAGGAGACGCUCCGCCAUGACCAGUGGCCGCAGCGGGAGGCCGCCGUGCUGACCCUGGGGGCCGUCGCGGACGGCUGCAUGGACGCGGUCACGCCGCAUCUGCCGGAACUCGUGCCGUAUCUCAUCUCUCUGCUCAACGACGCGCAGCCCGUGGUCCGACAGAUCACCUGCUGGUGUCUGGGCCGGUACUCCGAGUGGGCGUCACACCUGGCCGACCCGUCGGAGCGCGCGCGCUUCUUCGAGCCCAUGAUGGAGGGGAUCCUGCGCCGGAUGCUGGACGGCAACAAGAAGGUGCAGGAGGCGGCCGCCUCGGCGUUCGCCAGCCUGGAGGAGAAGUCCGAUGCCAACCUCGUCCCGUACUGCGAGCCCAUCCUGCGCCAGUUCGUGCAGUGCUUCGACAAGUACAAGGACCGUAACAUGUACAUCCUGUACGACUGCGUGCAGACCCUCGCCGAGUCCGUCAUGGGCGAGCUGGCGAAGCCCCAGCUGGUGGACAUCCUCAUGCCGGCCCUGAUCGACCGCUACAACAAGGUGCUGGACCAGUCGCGAGAGCUGUUCCCACUCCUCGAGUGUCUCGGGUACAUCGCGGCGGCGUACGGCGAUGCUUUCGCUCCGUUCGCGCCUCCCCUCUUCCAGCGGUGCACCAAGAUCAUCUACGAGAACCUGCAGGAGUACCUGGCGUCGGUCAACAACCAAGCGAUCGAGGAGCCCGACAAGGACUUCCUGGUCACGAGCCUGGACCUCCUGAGCGCGAUCAUCCAGGCGAUCGAUCCGCAGAAGAGCGGCGAGCUGGUGGCCAACUCGCAGCCGCGGUUCUUCGACCUACUCUGCUUCUGCAUGGAGGACCCGAACUACGAGGUGCGGCAGUCGUCGUACGCGCUGCUGGGCGACUGCGCGAUCAACAUCUUCCCGCAGCUGGAGCCGUUCAUCCCGAACAUUCUGCCUACGCUGAUCAAGCAGCUGGAUCUGGACCUGAUCCGGGACGACGACCGACACACGGGAUUCAGCGUGCUCAACAAUGCCUGCUGGUCGUGCGGUGAGAUCGCAGUCAAUGAGAAGGCGGCGCUUUCGCCGUACACGGAGAAGCUGUACCACGGGCUGUUUGUGAUCAUCAACAACGAGGAGAUCAUCGACUCGGUGAACGAGAACGCGGCCAUGGCGCUGGGCCGGCUGGGCAUCUGCUCGUCGGACCAGCUGGCGCCCCGGCUGGGCGAGUUCGCGGGGGUGUUCCUCAAGUCGAUGAGCAAGAUCGAGUUCACGCGCGAGAAGGCGUCGGCGUUCCUCGGCUUCAACCAGGUCGUCAUGAAGAACCCGCAGGCCAUGGAGUCGUGUCUGGCUGAGUACUUCCAGGCUAUUGCGGCAUUCCCGAGCAAGUCUAUGAACCAGGAGGAUUAUCGUGAUAUUCAGACAUCGUUUGACCAGGUGCUGCAAGGAUACAAAAAUAUGAUACCCAACUUCGAUUCAUUCCUGUCGCAACUUGCGGCGCCUGUUGCCCAGAAACUCCGUUCUGUAUACCAGAUUUAGAUUCUAUAUUUGAUCUUUUUUUGUCAUGUCAUGUUAAUGUUUCCACCAUUUGAAAGCAAAAUUCCAUGGCGAAAGGCGCAUA